UGUCAACGAACUGUCAUUGUCAAGUUUGAAGUGUCAAGUGGCAAGGAUUUGAAGAAGGCGUAUUGUUCGAUAUUUUUAAUUAUUUCAAUAGUUUAUACUGCUGCAAAUAAUAAAAUAGAAGAAAUAAUGGACGACGAUUUACCAACCGACUUCCAGGUGAUCGUCGUGGGGACGGGCAUGGUGGAGUCAAUUGUUGCGGCAGCUUGCAGUAGGAUAGGCAAGAAUGUCCUCCACCUGGAUUUGAGUGACCACUACGGUGGUCUCUGGGCAUCAUACAAUUUUGAUGGUCUCCAGAAGUUCAUCAAAGAAGUCAACUCAGAUCCUAAGAGAGACCUACAAGUGUAUAACUUGUGUGAAAAGUGGUACAUUGAGAAGGAAUCUCCCGAAGCUAAGGAUGGCGGUGAUGAGAACAAAACAGAUGACAGCAAAGCAGAGCCAGCCAAGAAGACAUGGAGCCAAAGUGACUUCACCGCUGAAUACAGGAAGUUCAACAUUGACAUGACACCUAAGCUUCUCUUCUCCCGUGGACCACUAGUAGAAUUGUUGAUAUCUUCAAACAUCGCUCGUUACGCCGAGUUCCGUUGCGUCACGCGCGUGCUGACGUGGCUCAACAACCGGCUGAUGCCGGUGCCUUGCUCCAGGGCUGACGUGUUCGCCACCGAAGCCGUCACCACGGUCGAGAAGAGAAUGCUCAUGAAAAUGCUCACUUCUAUCGUCGGCUACAAUGAGGAUGAAAUGAACAACGAGUUUAAAGAUUGGAACGACAAGACAUUCCAAGAUUACCUAAAGCACAAGGGUUUGACGCCGAACCUCAUCCACUACGUGUUAUUCGCAAUCGCGGGUGGCAACAACAACAUGCCUUGCCUCGAGGGAGUCAAGGAGUGCAAGAAGUUCCUCAUGAGCCUCGGUCGAUACGGCAACACGCCUUUCCUCUGGCCCAUGUACGGAAGCGGCGAGCUGCCCCAAUGUUUCUGCAGACUAUGUGCGGUGUUCGGCGGCGUGUACUGCCUGAACAGACCGAUCGACAAGGUCGGCACGAAGACCGUCGACGAGGGCAAGACCGUGGUCACCAUCGAGAGCAAGGCGAAGACGCUGAACUGCGACCACCUCGUCAUCGGCAUCAACGAGUGCCCCAAGGAGUUGAUCUCACCAGAGCCCGCGGAGAGCUGCGAUAUAUCCAAAGCCGUGUUUAUAACGAACGGUUCGAUCAUGGCGAGCGAGAAGGAGCCGCUGUCGCUGCUCCGGUUCCCGCCGCUGGCUGAUGAUGAUAAGGCUGUUACUGUGCUCGAGGUCGGACCGGCCACCGGCUCCUGCCCCAAGGGACUAUUCGUGGUGUACUUCAUCGCUAGCAAAUCUAAGGACGCCGAGACCGACCUGAAGCCGUAUGCAGAGAGGAUCUUCGACAUGUCCGGCGGCGACGCUGAAUCCGACAAGCCCAAGUGCCUGUGGUCGCUGUUCUACAACGUGAAGGACACGAGCGCGCCCGUGUCGAGCGUGGUGGAGGGCGUGCACGUCUGCUCCGGACCCGACGCAGGACUCGACUUCGACCGCGCCGUCGAGCAGGCGGAACAGAUCUUCAAGAAGAUCUGUCCGGGCGAGGAGUUCCUGCCGCGUGCGCCCGACCCGGAGGAGAUCGUGUUCGAGGACGACGUGACGCACGGGCCCGAGUUCCAGCGCGACCACGACGACGACGAGCCCAAGGAGUAGUCUCACCCUAGCGAUACAUUACACCAGUACGUCUCCGCGUGUCACUAAGGGCCUGUUUGUAAUCACAGCCGACGACAGCCGGCUCAUUAUAAACAAACCCUUACCGUGCUUCCAGCUCUCCACUUGACAUGUUUUCCGAUGUAAGGCUUCGAGCGGAUGACUGAAUUGACAUAAUCAUGUAGUUUAAUCGAUUAGGCCAAUACGGCUUCUAAUAUGCACAACAAUGCUUCAAUUCACACUAUGGUUGAACAUUCUUUUUAUUCCGCGUGUACGGCGUAGCUUUUCCUUAACGUUAGUUAUAAACGGACACGCCAAGACGUACUGUUUACUAUAAGAUGUAAUCUCAGUAAGGUUUAUACGCUUUGGUAGCUUGACUCGUGCAUUCCGGCUGGUGCGUAGAGUAGAAUAUUGCGUUCUAUAAGACAUCAGUUUGGUAGUGCCGACAACUGCGAGAUAGUUCAGGACAGAAUUCACUGCUGUUCGUUGUUCGACUGAAUCCCUACCUGUGUAGGAUCGUGUGUCGGGUGUUUACGAUGGGAAGUGUCGUUUAUCUCAGCGCAGUCAGUGAUUAACAGCUAGGUUGUCUUGAUGCAGUCAGCAAGAUUGACUUAUAGCAUUUCGAGGCUAUUUCCUAACAUCAAUGCUUUGUAACGGUUCGUGAAAUAAACUUUUCUAUUUGAAGAUAACGAUUUUGUUUUUAGUUUUUAGUGUUAAUGCUCUCUGUAGAGUUGCUUCGUUUUUGGCAGUAUUGAUAAUAAAUCUAAAUUGUAAAACAAAGUAUUGGAAAUUACUAUGACAUAUUGUGCAAUGCGUUAGAUUAGCUAGAAACAGGUUUUAAAAUGUUCAUUACAUUUCGGACGCACCAGUCUUAUUAUAGAUUGUAGCACGUAUACUUUUUAUUAAGUUAUUUAGCACGUUUAUGAUAUUUAUUAUGAAAUGAUAAUAAUCAUGCCUGCGCAGCUUGUGCAUUUAUAAUUCCAAUAAAAUGUGAUUAUUAGAAAUAA